AUGAGUACUCGAGUGAAAAUCGAGCAUGAUCAGCUCAAAGGUGAGCUUACAGCAAUCGAUAGAGUCAGCGAACUGCCAUGGGGUAUUUUGGACAACAUCCUUGGUCGUCUACAGAUGAGGGAGGCUGUGAGAACAAGCAUCCUGUCUAGACAAUGGAGAUAUAAAUGGGUUAACCUUUCAAAGCUGCUCUUUGACGUGGUCUCUAACCGCGCUGUUUGGAAUUUUCCAAAACCAAGAUGCGUCGAAUACCACAUUUUCAAUGUUCUGCUAUCCCAUUGUGGCAAUAUACACACCUUUAAGCUUUGCAACACCUUCCCAGAAAAAUUCUCCAAUCUUCAGACCUGGAUAUGUUAUCUUGCAAGAAACGGUAUCAGAGCAUUCACUCUUGAGUAUGCUUGUGCAGCAAUUGAUUUUGCAAACUUGUUUAAGUUACCAGCUUGCAUAUGGUCCUGUGAACAUCUGACCCAUUUGCAACUCCGUCAAUAUGAAUUACCACAACCUCCUUGUGCUUCUAAAGGUCGUUUCAGAAAUCUUGUCAGUCUCAAUCUUUAUGGGAAGCUUAAUGAUAUUCAAUUGCUCGAAAACUUGAUCUGCAACUGCCCUGUUCUACAGAUAUUGAUGCUUAAUGGUCUUCAAAAUUUAGCUUGUUUAAGUAUUCAGGCCCCAAAGCUAAAACAGGUAGAUCUCCAAGGAAAAUUGGGGGCUCUUGUUCUUAAAAGUUGUUCAGUCCUUGCAGAGAUCACCUUAGUCAUCACCUCAGAUGAGUUCACCAGCAUCGAAUAUCAAGAUGAAGGAAGGAUUCACCAUUUGGAGGAUAUACAAAUGAUACGUACCAAGAACCCACAAGUCGAUGAUGACAAGUUGGCCAGUACUGGGAAGAAAGGGCACAAGUGUGAUGAUAUAUUGAAAGAUGGUAACCUGGAUGGAGAAGAUGAUCACAAUGAUGAGCGGCUGGAUGCAGAAGAAAUGUUUUAUAAUGAACUGGAUUGUGAAAAUCCAAACGACACUUUCCAUCUCGAAGAUGAUGACUAUUAA